UGUGUGGUUUUCUGACAUGUGAUAGCAAGAUGCCUCCAAGCUUCACGUAUAGAUAUAGGUUGGGGGGACAUCCCUCUCGUUUGGGGCAGUGCAAGUGGUAGGGCCCACCGGUCAUUCCAGGGAAGGGAAAAAAACGAACGCCCCACUUCCCACCGCCGCUAUCUACCUGCACAGUCGCCUCUUCCUUCCACCCUUUCCGGGACCAGACCUCGCGUUUCCCUCCCAGGUCCACUUUCGGCGUCCCGCCAGACGACAUCCCCCGUCCCCGACCCAACCACACACCGUAGAAAACCAUGGACGUGAAGCAAGAAAAGCGAAGCUCCGGUGGACAAGCUUUUGAGAUCGUGCUGGGUGACGCGGCCGGCCCUCCCCCCAGACCCUCCACCCCCGCCAAGAGCCCGCGCUCCGUCACGCAGGAGGACAUAACCAGGAAGAUGCAGGAGGCCGAGGACAGGAGGAAAGCGCGCCAAUCGCAGAUCAUGGAGAAACUGCAACAGGAGGACCAGAAGCGAGAUGAGGUCCUGAAGCGAGCGGCGGAGGUCAAAAAGCAGCAGGGCGACAAAGACGACGAAUGAUUGACACAUUUGUCAGACGACAUUUCAGGCAUGGCUGUAGCUAGGACGCUAGCAUUCAAAUUUAGGAAGCUUGUCUCCUUUUAAAAGGUCGCAGUCUAUGAAAAUGGAAUUUUGUGGAAGGGAAAAUCACGAUUUGAACUGCUGCGAACAUUUUUCCUGGCGACAGUCAUGCUUGGGAGUGGUAGUCUACAAAAUCUGCAUCUUUGUAUGCUAAAUUGUUUGUAACUGUCAAUCUUGUAGUUAGGACACAUGGGACAAUCCCUCAGCUUCGUCUUCUGCAGCAGUCACGUUACGUCAUCAGGAUCCGUUGAUUUGAUUGGACGGGUGACAUUGAUCGCCAAAUAAGGCAAAACUUUGUGUUCCAUCGCUCGAAUCUUUGUGGUUGCCAUGGCAAAGAAUCUGCUGCAGAAGACGUUCGAGGAAUUUUGUUUGACUCGUAGUUGCACGAUUUUAAGCCUCGGAUACCUGAUUGGUCGAGGCGGGUAGGUUCUGACCAAUCAUAACGCGGCAAACAAAAAGCGUUAUAUGUCACGACCAAGUCAGCUGCUGUGAUUGGUUCAGGAAGUUUUGGUACGGUCGACAUUGACCAAUAGGAAGAGAGCUCAUUUAAGAAUGGUCAAAUACAUGCAAAGACAGGUCAAACAUGUUGUGAUAUUCUUAUGACAGUAACUUAUAUUAUCGGCAAAAUGUUUGUGCAAUUUUAUAGUGCACGGUGCAGCAAACAAUUGAAAUAUAUACAUGUAUAUGGGAAAUUUUAGUUGCAAAUAAUAUAUUGAUAUCACGAAUGUAGCAUUUGUACAUGCGACGCACAUGUGUUGGGGACACCUAGCUAAAAGGAGGAAUCUGCAUAAUGUGAAGGAGUGUUUUGUCGAAGCUCAAAAAUGAGGUAUGGGCUUGGUCUUUUUUGAACGAUCGUUACUAAUUUUAUGUGUCUGUUGACUGAUACAUUCUGUGGAAUUGUAUCAUUUAAAAUGCUAAAAGCGAACGAAAAUCACAGAUGUUUAAAAUGAUCCUGAAUCAAACAUCUACAAGUGGCGGAACAGUACUAGACUGAGAAUGGGGACAACCGUUCAUUGGUUACAAAAGAUCACGUGACGCAUAACUGUUUUCAUUGGCUGGAGGUUAUAUGCAAUUAGGUAACGUAUCGGUCACUAUGACGUCAUGGGGUCAGUUAGCUAGCGUCGGUGGAUGUGUCGUCUGAUAUCAUUGAUUUUAGUGGCAAAAUUUCCAUAAAAAUCAGAUAUUUCAAGCAUGACACUACCGCGUUAUGUGCAUGUAUGCAAUCUGUAGUGUGGAGGGAAUGCUAAUAUCCAUGUAGAAGUGUGGCUGUUGUUCUUGUUGUCUUUUAUUGCACUGGGAUUUGGUCCCUUAGCGACCAGCAAAACAACAACACUAGAAAGGUAACAUUUGCAAAUCAAAUCCAAAAUGUUUACCUUCGCAUAUGGUCUACUCUGUUAAUUCUUACUCAAAUACAUUCACAUAU